AUAAAAGUCUUGAUCUGUCCACUAAAAGAGGAAAUCGUCUCUUCAUCAUGGCUUUAAUUCUCCGCUGGUGACAGAAAACUCGUCUGCGUUCUGGACCAUGGGAGGUUAUUCUGGGCUGCUGGUUCUGCUGGUUCUGCUGGUUCUGGCCGUGUUUCUGACCACCGGACGCUGUGAUGUGAGCUGCAGAGGGACGGACGGCCAUGCGGGGGAGAAAGGAGCUCCGGGCAGAGACGGAUAUCCAGGAGCCAAGGGGGAGAAAGGAGAGCCGGCUGUGGUGGCCAGCGGCCCCGUGGAUCCAGCCAUCCUGCUGAGGCUGAAGGGGGAGCAGGGGAGUCGGGGCCCCCAGGGGCCCAUGGGUCCUAAAGGCUACCAGGGACUCCUGGGAGCAGCGGGGCGACCUGGGAAGGCCGGCGUCCCCGGACCUGAUGGGGAGAACAUCGGACAACGAGGACGUGACCCUGCUCAGCAGGCCCGUUCAGCCUUCUCUAUGAUCAGGACCGACAACACGUUCCCUACUGUCGGAGCGAAAAUCACGUUCCAGAGCAGCUCGUUGAACGUGCCGGGGGAUUUCUCCACCGUCUCCAGUGACUUCACCUGCAGAGUGGCUGGUGUUUAUUACUUCACCUUCUACUCUGUUGCAAAGGUCACCUUGUGUCUGAAGAUCGUCAGCACGUCUAUCUCAGACAGACCCGUGUUCUGUGACUACCACAAGGCCGGAAACAGGGUCAACGACCAGGUGAUGACGGGCGGCGUGGUGCUCCAGCUGGCGGUGGGGCAGAAGGUCUGGCUCGAGUCCUACAAGGACGCGAAGCAGACGAUAAACUCACGAGACACCUCAGAAAAACAGAUCGGCUUCAGCGGCUUCCUGCUCUUCGCUGAUUCAUAAUGAAGGUUUUCUGCAGCGUGACACUGAAACUCUUCUUCUGCAUGUUGACAUUUACAGUCAUGUUUUUAACCCAUAGGAACCUAUGGUGACGCCUGUGUAACAAACACGUGAAAUGUUCUAGAAUCUCUCAUAUUCAGCUUUAUGCUUCACCUUAACUCAUUAAGUCUCUCAGCAAGACUUCUCCAAAAUACGUGUGUGACUGGAAACAGAAAUGUAAAAAAAGAGCUCAUUUCAAAAAGCUUAUUUGUUGUUACUCGGCUACGUUUAAACCAAUUUAACAAUUCUAAUUCUAAUCUAAGUACAUUUGACCAAAUAUGAACAAAAAAUAAUCCUAUCCUGUCACAAUUUUGAUAAAUGUUGUGGAGAUGCAAAGAAAAAGGCAAAUUUGUGUUUCUGUGAGCAGAAAAGGUGUCUAGUUUAUUUCUUUUAAAAUAAGAAAUAUCAUAAACAUAACUUCCAUAAACGCCCAAUGUCACAUAUAUGUCAUAUCACAGAUCUUUGACAUUUAGGGGUAGAAUUUUUUUUUAAAACAUUAGAAAUGUGUUCUAUGUGGUAUAUCCCCCAUAAUGUUCCUUUAAGAAUAAAUAGUUCUGGGUUCUUAUGGGUUAAACGUUGUUUUCAGAGGAAAUUCACUGUAACACAGUUUUACAUGACUUAGUUCCUCCAGCUGAUCUGUUUCCUUCAUAUGACUCAUGUAAACCCUGUUUCAACAUUGACUCUGCUGUUAAAUCCACAUUAAAGGUUAAUGAGUGUC